AGGUGAACGGGAAGGCGCCAUUUUCAUUGAUCGGCAUUCGACAGGACGACAACAAAGAUACCCCGUUGACUACCGCCGGCAGAGGCGGAGAGAGAGAUGAAGGAAUACGUGGGCAUGGUGGCAGCACAGAUCGCCCAAGUGCUGCUGAUUAUAGUAAGCAAGUACGCCAUUGCUGAUGGCAUGUCCAACUACUCCUUCAUUUUCUACUCCAACGCCCUCUCUUCACUCAUCCUUCUUCCCUUUUCUCUCAUCUUCCACAGAUCGGCCAAUCGUCCUCCACUUACCAUCAUCGUCAUCUGUGGAUUUUUCAUUAUUGGCGUACUAGGUUUCUUCGCACAGGUAUUUGGGUAUUCUGGUAUCACAUUAUCCUCUGCUACUCUUGCAACGACAUUGCUCAAUCUCACCCCAGGUUUUACAUUCCUACUCGCCAUCUUAUUUAGGAUGGAAGCAUUUGACUUAAGCUUAACCACACAGGCAAAGUUCAUCGGCACUGUAGUGUCAAUCGCAGGAGCUAUCAUCAUAACUCUUUACAAAGGCCCUUCGAUUCUAUCAUCUUCUUUAAAAUCAGAAAUCUCUCAGCAUCUUCUUGUGAAACCAUCAGAUUGGGUACUCGGUGGCAUCUUUAUAGCAAUCACCUCCAUACUUUCUUCAAUGUGUUUCAUUGGACAGGCAACUGUUUUAAAGAAAUACCCUGCAGAAGUGAUUGUAAUGUUCUCUUACUGCAGUGUCUACACCAUCUUAUCAGCUCUAGCUUCUUUCAUUGUGGGAGAUGAUCGGAGUUCUUAUAGUUUAAGGCCUAAGAAGAGGCUGCUUUUUGUCCUCUACUCGGGGAUUUUUGGGUCAGCUUUUCAAUUUACAGUUCAAGCAUGGUGUCUAAAAAGGAGAGGUCCAGUUUUUAUUACUAUGUUUCAUCCAAUUGGAAUUGUGAUCUCAACUUUCAUUGGUGUCAUUUUCUUAGGUGAUGGUGUCUAUCUUGGAAGUUUGUUGGGAUCAGUAGUUGUUGUUAUUGGGUUUUAUUCUGUUAUGUGGGGAAAAGCUAAAGAAAAAAUUGUGGUGUUUCGUAAUGAAGAAGCACCUCUUUUGCAAGAUGUUGAGGAGCAGAUUACAUCUCUCUCACCAUGAUACUCAAUCUCUUAACAUGAAUUAUAUCAUUGUUUUUUUGAAAGGAAAACAAUUUUUUUUUUUUCGUUUGAAGUGAUGUAUGUACAAAGUGGGUGAAUGGGUGUCUAUGGGAUUAAGGUUUUAAACAAUAUAAUAGCAAAAAAAAAUAAAAAAUAAAGAUAAAUAAAAACAGAGGGG